AAGUACCCAUUUCUCUCAAAACAAAUCGUAAAUCUACAUACAGUAUAACUCUAACCUUCUUUCCUCUCUCUCUCUCUCUCUCUGCAACUUCGACCACCAAAAAUGUCAUUGCCAAAAUCCAUUGCUACCGGAGCUGGAAUGCUCAGGAAUCGUAUCAAAUCAUCACUGAGAACAAGAGGUGGUGGUGAAGGACCGAGUCGAUGGUCAACUCCUGGUCACCAAGAACGACCAAAUGGUUAUCUCUUUAAUGAAGCUCCUCUUGAAUCAGGUCAGUCAAGAAAGUGGGAAGAUUGGGAACUUCCUUAUUACAUAACUGGUUUUCUCACUGUUGUAAUUCUUGGUGUUGGUCUUAAUGCUAAACCUGAUCUUACAAUCGAAACCUGGGCGCACAAAGAAGCCCUAAAACGUCUUGAAAACCAGCAGAUCCCUCUUACGGCUGACGAUUCUGAAUGAUCUUAUGAUAUGGGUAAUUAAUCUUAGGGUUUACCCAUUUCUUGUUGUCUUUUUUGUUUCUUCCUGCUGAGGUGUUGAGAUUGACCUAAGUUUUGGGCAUGAUGAAUUUUAUGUUGAUAAUGGUUGUUUUCUCAAAUAAGGUCUUCUGACUGUUGGAUCAUGCAUCUCUUGAACUUAAUUUUAUGUUUCUUUUUAAUGAAAUGUUGAAGAUGUUUAAUGCUAGUGUAAAAUUUAGACAAAAAUGAAAAUUUUAGUAUGUUAUUUUUAUUUGUUUUUGAA